ACCGAUCACGGCACCACGCUACGCCAUAUAUUAAAAGAUAAAAAUAAAUUAAUUUCCCGCAAAGGAAGUUCAGUGAAGUCGGAGGAGAAAAGAUUAGACGUUGUUCUUCAUUCUUGUAGAGCAGAGUAAUCUGUAAUGGCGAGAAUAGCAUGUCAUUUUUCUGGGUUGCCAUUGAAGUCUUCCUUUCUCUCUACAGACGUUUCUCUUAGUCGAUGCUUCUCUAAUGGCGUACUUAUCAACAGAAGAAGAAGCUUCUCUUCUUCAGCACUCAAAGUGUCCAUGAGUUUGAGAGCUGGUAUUGUUGGUCUUCCUAAUGUUGGCAAAUCUACACUUUUCAAUGCUGUUGUUGAAAAUGGGAAGGCUCAAGCUGCUAAUUUUCCUUUCUGCACGAUAGAGCCAAAUGUAGGGACUGUUGCUGUUCCUGACUCAAGAUUGCAAGUGCUUUCUAAUUUAAGUAAAUCUCAAAGAGCAGUACCUGCAUCUGUUGAGUUUGUAGAUAUUGCUGGACUUGUGAAGGGUGCCAGUCAGGGAGAGGGGUUAGGCAACAAGUUCUUAUCUCAUAUUCGUGAAGUCGACUCCAUACUUCAGGUUGUGCGAUGUUUUGAAGAUAAUGACAUCAUUCAUGUAAAUGGAAGAGUUGACCCAAAGUCGGACAUCGAUGUCAUCAAUCUAGAGUUAAUUUUCUCAGAUUUGGAUCAGGUAGAUUCCACAGAGACCCUUGAUUUAAUUGGCAGCUUGGUUGCUCUUGGCAUUAUUGAAAAAAGGUUUGAGAAACUGAAGAAAAGUAAGGCAAAAGAUUCACAAAUAAAGGCAAAGGAAGAAGCAGAAAGAUCAGCGCUAGAAAAGAUUCAACAGGUCCUUACGGAUGGAAAACCAGCUCGAUCGGUUUCCUUGACUGAUGUUGAAAAGGAUUCUGUAAAGCAUCUGUGUUUGCUGACUUUGAAACCAGUAAUCUAUGUUGCAAAUGUAGCAGAGUCUGAUGUAGCCGAUCCUGACAAUAAUCCAUAUGUCCAAGAAGUGACCAAAGUUGCAUCUGAUUUGAACUCUGGAGUGGUGACUAUUUCCGCACAGGUUGAGGCUGAACUUACAGAACUUCCAACAGACGAUAGAGUAGAGUACUUACAGUCUCUUGGAGUCGGUGAGAGUGGUCUGGGAAACCUUAUAAGAGCAACUUAUAAUCUUUUGGGGUUGCGAACAUAUUUUACGUCUGGAGAGAAGGAAACAAAGGCCUGGACGAUACUUGCAGGAAUGACUGCCCCUCAAGCUGCUGGAGUUAUCCAUUCUGACUUUGAGAAAGGUUUUAUUCGUGCUGAGACGGUAGCUUAUGAUGAUUUUGUUGCUGCCGGCUCACUUGCUGUCGCAAGGGAGAAAGGACUAUUGAGGUCUGAAGGGAAGGAAUACAUCGUUCAAGAAGGCGAUGUCAUGCUGUUUCGCUUUAAUGUCUAAUAGGUAAUCAUAGAUUCACAGUACCACUAGAGGGCAGGAACAACAAGCUUUAGCCUACAGGGUUAUAUUCAUUGAGUGCAAAGUACAUCCAUUUCUUGAACCGUUGGAGCCUAACCUCACAAGUCAGGUAAAUUCGAUUUUGGGUCGACGCCAAUUUUGUUCGAAGACACAAAUGAUCAUUUCAUUCUUUCUAUUCCUAUACAGUUUCAUUGUAUUUUUUGUAAAGCUUAGAAAUCAAUAAAAAUUUAAUUUCAAAAUAAGGGAAGUCUUGAUUCAUACUUUAUUAAAGUGAUUGUUGUUUACAA